AUCAUUGUUUCAUACGGUGAAGUUUGUGGAUUUUUCACAGCCUAAGACGCAUCAAAAUUUUGGCACCAACAUUAAUUAUUCCUGUUUGUGGUAAUACUUUCAGGGUUUCAUUCAUUCUGGUACGAGUUUUCUGAUUUCUACUCAUCUGCCUAACAUCAUUAACAAACAACAAUGGCCUCCUCUUUCCCUCGAUCGCUGUCCUCUAAAGCCAAUCCUGCGCUUCACCACACCAGAUCCAAGCAGCUGACUGGCUUUGUUCCCGAAUCAGUGAUGCGGCUCCUCAGAUCUUCUUCAACUCAGCAGCAACAGGAAAACCCUGUCCAUGAAAAAACACAGGCACCUCAAAAAUCUCUCCAUGAUGAGAGCGAACGAAGCCUUGAGCCUAAAGAAGAUGAUGAAGAUGAUGAUGAUGUUAACAAAGAAACAGGUGAGGUUGGUGGGCCCAAAGGGCUUGAGCCCACCAGGUACGGUGAUUGGGAACGGAAGGGUCGCUGUUAUGAUUUUUAAGCUUUUACUUCACUUUAUAUAGCAUAAAAAUAAUAAAUUCCAUUAUGAUUAUAAUUGAUGAUUAUGUAAUUUAAUUUAUUACUAUUAUGAAUCGCUUAAGUGACAACAUUGUCUUUAGGUUCUUUAUUAUGAUUCAGUUACACU